AAGUUUUAUUGGGUAGUGUAGUGUGACUCAUUUUUAAUUUUAUAUUGUCAAAUAUUUAGGUGUUUUUCUGGUAUUUAUUAUUAUAUUAUUUAAAAAUGGAGUGGUUAUUUGGAAAAAAAGUAACCCCCGAAGAAAUGCUUCGUAAAAACCAACGAGCAUUAAAUAAAGCAAUGAGAGAUUUGGAUAGAGAAAAGCAAAAGAUGGAGCAGCAAGAGAAAAAAGUAAUAAACGAUAUUAAAAAAUUAGCCAAGGAAGGUCAAAUGGACGCUGUCAAAAUAAUGGCUAAAGAUCUAGUCAGAACUAGAAGAUAUGUGAAGAAAUUUAUGUUGAUGAAAGCUAACAUUCAAGCAGUAUCAUUAAAAAUUCAGACUCUUAGAUCCCAAAAUACAAUGGCACAAGCCAUGAAAGGUGUGACCAAAGCUAUGCAAAGUAUGAAUAGGCAGCUAAAUUUACCACAGAUACAAAGGAUAUUACAAGAAUUUGAAAAGCAAUCAGAAAUUAUGGAUAUGAAGGAAGAAGUUAUGAAUGAUGCCAUUGAUGAUGCGAUGGAGGGAGAUGAUGAUGAGGAGGAAAGUGAUGCAAUUGUCAAUCAAGUUUUAGAUGAACUGGGUCUUCAGUUGAAUGAUACUCUUUCUGGACUGCCUCAAACUGCCGGAUCUCUGCCUGCCUCUGGGCAAAAACAUCCUGCAGCUGCAACAGCUGUUGCAGGAGGAGGCAAUGGUGGUACUGGUGGAAACAACAGCAACAGUGGCGGCGGCGGUGGAGGUGGCCUUUCUGAUGCGGAUGCUGAUUUGCAAGCUCGACUAGAUAAUUUACGCAGAGAGUAGAUAUUAAGUAAGAUAAAAGAGCAAUUAAAAAUAAGGAACUUUGUAUACAUAUUCUAUUUUAAAAUCUAAACAUUUGAUUCUAUUCUAUAAAGUUUAUUAACAAACUAAAUUCUUGUAGCUUAUUGCUUCCACUUACUAUUUUGAGAAUGGUGUAAUUAUCUGUGAUUUUUUCAAAUAUAAUAAUCAAUCUGUAAUAAUUUUUAUCUUUCAGCAAUUUAACAAAUCAGUUAAGGCGAAUAUGUUUUGUAUAUAAUUAAAUAUUUUCACACAUAAAAGUAUUCUAAAUAAAAGCAUUUGAUGU